AUGAACAUAAACCCCGAAGCAGCCAAAGACACUCCUUGCAAGAACGUGACUAUCUACGGUUUCUGCAAAUACGAAACGAAAGGUUGUGUAUUUAGCCACGACAACGAAAGCUUGCAGCUGAAGCAAGCAUCGCCACAGACUUUGACGUCGAAACCGUCGCCCUCCAACCUCAACAACACAGAUAUCCAAAUAAUGAAGGGAACCAACGGCGCCUCGAGUGCUGAAGGCGCUGCUCCAAAGAAAAGGUUUAACGCCAGCACGCCUUCUUUCCAGCCUUCAGUGCAAACGCUUACCAAUAAGUUUCUGUCGUUAUCACCAAAACUCAAGGACCUUCCCCUGUUCGUUCCUGCUAGUCUUGAACAGAAGGAGGAAGCUGCCACUCCACCACCACAGCCAAAGAAGUUUAAUGCCUCGACUCCAUCUUUCACGCCCUCGUUCGAAGGCUCUAAUCGGUAUGCAAACUCUGGCCUUAAUAAUGAACCACAACAACAGGUGUUCACACCCCUGAUGCAUACACCCCUGUCUUUGAUGGGAGCCACGAGCAUGUCGAACCAGCAGCCGCUGCAAACCCAGCAGAACCCGUAUCUUGCUGGCCCUACACCGCCGCCACUUGCCGGUAUGGGUAACAUGGGCUCUAAUCAGGGAUCUGACUACAUGUUUCCUGGAAACCUGUCAACCCCAACCUAUGCCCUUAAUCACCACUUGUAUGCGCCUGCUCCUCCUCCAAGGUUGGCCUCAAGUUUGAGCGAACAUCAAACUAAUGUUAAUGACAUGUUCAUCCCUAAUAACUUGCGUCAGGAAUUGGUCAAGAAGAACGAGGCUACUUUGCAGACAGUCGCCCUGCUGACUCUUCCUGAUCAUGUGGGUGAAUAUCAUUCUUUGGUGCCAAUAGAUGUCACUUUCGUACAGCCUUCGAAAGUAUACGAGAUUCCAAGUUACGUCUACAAGGUGAUGUCUAAUGUCACCGGAGUUCCAUACGCCGUUCGUCGUAUCGACUUCAACAGCAAAGCUCACUUCUCGCAAGAUGUUAAACUUCAAUCGAUCAAGAAAUGGAAGAAGAUUAGAAAUCCAAACGUGGCCAAAGUGCAUGAUGCGUUCACAACUGUUGCGUUUGGUACGUAUGCUGAGCCCGUGUUAUGUUUGGUGUACGACUACUACCCUCUUGCCAACACAUUACAGGAACAACAUACGACGAGGAAGUUGGGAGGAAAGUUGGAACCCAUCUACGAGGAUUUGCUUUGGUCUUAUCUUAUACAGAUAACCAAUGCGCUCAUUCACAUCCACAACCAUAGGCUCCACGCUGGAUCUUCCUUGGAUUUGUCUAAGAUAUUAGUUACAAAUAAGGGAAGAUUGAGAUUAGGAGCUGUUGGCGUGGAUGAUAUAUUUGAACUAGAUGCUGAUACAGAUUUCGAAGAAUUGCAAGCCAAGGAUUACAAGCUUUUCGGAAAAGUGAUACUCGAGUUGGUAAGGGUUACGGUGCCGCAUAGUCUUCGUGAUGGAGACUAUGAUACUAUACUCCCACGUCUUUCGAGCUUGUCAACUGUGACAUACAGCGAGGAGCUCAUUGAAGCUCUUACCGGGCUUUCCAAGCUCGGCGAAGAAUCAACCUUGCCAGAGUUCUUUAGCAAGCAUCUUGCCCUUCGGUCACUCAAGGUUCUAAGCGGUCUAGAAGAUCUGUCGGACUAUAUGGAAAGCCAGCUCACUUCUGAGAUUGAGAACGGAAGACUUUUUAGGUUAAUGGCGAAGAUCGACUUGUUGGUGAACUUGCCGGAGAAGGAUAAAGCAGAUAACGGCAGCUUCUACGUGAUUAAGCUCUUCCACCAAUUCGUGUUUAAUUCCUAUGACGAGUUUGGCAAGCCGGUCGUGGAUCUCUCCCGAAUCCUUGUCAACUUGAACAAGCUAGAUGCGGGCGUGGAAGAAAAGAUCUUGCUUAUAUCAGCCGAAGAGGAUAGCUGUAUCAUUGUGAGCUACAAGGAAGUGAAGAACAUAAUAGAACUGACGUUCAGAGGGGUCUUCCGCUAG